AUGUUAUCUGUGGCCAGGAGCGACCUCGAUAGGACUGGUUUAUUUUCUGAAGUGCCUUAUAUUUCAAUAGGUGAUGCUUAUAAGGCACAAUAUGUAAACUGCUUUAAUGAGUCAGCUGGAAAGGGCAGGCAAAUAAAUCCUGGAGGCUCAAAAAAGAAAUCUGCUCUAAAUCAAGGCUACUUUGCUGAUUUUCGAAGGAUUUUUGAGGGUGAAGCUCUGAAUGAUAUCACACAAGUUUUGAGGCUCAAGAGGUUGGAAAAACAGCAAUCUAAGUAUACCACGAUAUUUCGUCCUGUGGGAUUUCCCAAAAAAGCAGUAGGUUCUGGAUCGUUAUACGGCACAUUUCAAACAGGUUUCCCGUAUCUUUCACCUCAACUAAAAAAAUUCGAGCUUCUUAAGCUUCUUAAAAAUUUAUAUACAAGCCCUCCUAAGAAAGGUUCCGGUUAUGGCUAUGUUGAUAUUACUAUCAAUAAACCAUACAAACACUUACCUGAUGUAUAUGAAAGCAAUGAAAUGCAAAAACAAAUUGCUAUGGUUCACGAAAAAAUGUUGAAUGGCAAGAAGGCUUUUAUAGUUGGCGGCGAUAUUGAUGAAUUCGGCCCUAAUCCCUAUAAAUGCGACAAGGUCGUGCCAAAUUUUCUUCCAUUAUUGAAAGCUUCAUCUGAACGUAUACUCCCAUUCAUACCUUCCAAUCCCGCCAAAAAAGCUGGCGGCGGUAAAUUUGGGACUAUAAAUAAAUUCCCAGCGUAUAUGUCUGGCCAAUUGAAGGACAACAAGAAAAUAGUCUCAAUGGGCAUUAACAAAAUAUUUGUUCCUCCGUCCGGACCCAAAACAACUCGAUGUCGCUCUAUACUCGAGGCAAACAUUAAUAGAAACUAUGAUUUAAUUAUGAAAAAGAUGCCCUCGAUGCAUUACUAA